AAAUACAAAAUGGCGAUCGAGAGACUGUACGAAGAUGACGAUUAUGUUAUUGUAAAUAAACCAUACGAUAUGUACAUUAAUUCGGAUGACGAAAAUGAAAGGAACACGGUAGCGUGUCACAUCGCAUCGCACGACUCCCACCUCUCGUCAUCAUCAGACCCCCUCCACUUUGUCCAGCGUCUGGACUACUCGACUAGUGGAAUCCUCUGCAUCGCGAAGAGUAAAUCAUCGGCAGCUCGAGCUGGUAGACUCUUUGAAAAGAGACUUACUAAAAAGUAUUACUUGGCGGUGGUCAGAGGGCAUGUGAGUUUUGAUUUGGCGGAUAUUAAGUAUGAUGUCGGUAAGGACCUGACACCAGAGAAUAGCCAUCGGAUGUCAGCUGCCGUGGAUACAUCCUCUCUGUGUGGUGAGCCUCGUACGGCACACACGAGGCUACUCCUUCUGGAGACAGGCUUCUAUGGCGGGGACGCUGUUAGCGUGGUACUGCUGAAGCCUGUUACUGGUCGCCGUCACCAGCUACGAGUCCACACAAGCGCAGUGGGUCAUCCCAUACUUGGAGACUACACAUACAGCGACCGAGCAGAUAUAACACCACACCGUAUGUUCCUACAUGCGACCAGGUUGGUGUUGCCAUUUCAAACUGAAACAUUAGACAUACAGACGGAUGAGCCGUUUUUUAGCGACCACCGGUUCACUAGCAAGUGGGAGGGUGGGAAAACACUUUAUAAAUAUAGGAGUAAAGAAAGUUUUGUUAAGGUCUGUGACGUCAUCGACUCGAGUUACACUGUCGGACUCAAAUAUCAAGAAUUUUGUCUUAAAUAAAUUGUUUACUAAUA